AGAUCGCGGGUGUGGGAGGAAGGUAGAGGAGUGUACUUCAUGGAAGGGGAGACGGAGUGGGCCCGGGCCGAGGGCCCACCUCUUCUGAGCCGCCGCCUCACUGACCAAGCUGUCAAAGUUGGCACCCGAACACGACUCUUAGUUGAGAUAGCCAGUUCAUCUCCGCUUACUGUGGUCUGGUUACAUGAGGGUAAGAAAGUUGAAGAAAAUGAAAGAAUAAAAUUAGUAAACGAGGGAAAUUUUUAUUGUGUAGAUAUUAGUCCAGUUACAUUAGAUGAUGAAGGUAUUUGGAAAUGUCAAGGGCAUAAUGCCAGGGGACUUGUCACAAGUCAAGCCAAACUCACUCUUGUAGUUCCCAGAGCUUACAAGAAACCAGAGUUUGUGGAACCAUUGAAAGCAGUACUUGGUUCAGCAGGGACUGUCUCCUUGGAAACUAAGGUUAUAGGUGUCCCAACACCAACUCUCAAGUGGUAUAAGGAAGGAGAAGAAAUUAAGCCUGGAGAUGUCCUUGGGCUCACACCAGACCCCCUUGAUCCCACUCUCGGCACUUACACAUGCAUUGCAACAAAUUGCAUGGGCUCAACAGUUUCUACCUCCCGGGUCCACGUCGUCUCCCCAGCCCAGCCUAAGAUGGAUCUUGGGUUAUCUACUUCGGGUCCAAAACCGAUCUUCGCUAAGGAAUUACGAAACGAAAAAGUUAAAAUUGGAACAACUCUAUCACUUGACUGUCAAGUGAAGGUACCCCCAUGGCCUGACAGAGUAUCUUGGUAUAAUAGCGUAGGAGAAGUCAAAGAAGGGCCAAGAGCCCAUCUAAUGGAAGAUGGUAUGGGUGGCUAUUCUAUCAGGGUCAGCCCAAUCCAGGCCUCAGAUGAUGGAAUAUGGAGAUUUGUUGCGACCAAUAGGGGUGGAUCCACUUCUGUUACUACUUGUAAUGUUUCCGUUUCACACCCAAAAAAUUACCGUAAGCCAAAGUUUUUAGAUUCUCUCAAGGCAGUUUUGACGGAAGAAGGCUUAGUUAGUUUUGAAUGUAAGGUGGUUGGUUAUCCUACUCCUCUGUUAUCUUGGUUUAAAGAUGGACAAGAACUCAAACCAGGAGAUGUAUAUCAACUUACAGGAACUAAUUCUUUAGGUUCCUACUGUUGCAUUGCCCGUAACUGUAUGGGAGAAGCAGAAAGCACUGCUGUUCUUACAGUUGAAGAUAUUCAAAGCCAGCUUACUGAAGAAGAAAGACUACAGCUAUUUUCAGACAAAUUACCACCCAAAUUUAUACAAGGUCUGAAAAGUGUGGAAGCGAAAAUUAGUGAACCUUUCUCAUUUUCAGUCAAAGUAAGUGUUUCACCGGAACCAACAGUUCUUUGGUUCAGAGAUGAUGAACACAUUGAUGAAAGUGAACCUAGAUAUAAACUUGAAAAAGAUAAACUUGGUCUCUACUCUCUUCACAUAGCCAGGCUUGAGUUCGUUGAUCAGGCAGAAUGGAAAUGUGUAGCCAUGAAUGAUUUUGGACAAAGUGUAACAUCCUCUUAUCUCAAACUUAAUAUUCCGAGACAUUACAAAAAGCCUAAGUUCCUGGAAGAAUUACGUGCUGUCCUUUCUGAUGAAGGGGCAGUUAACUUGGAGUGUAAGGUAAUUGGUGUACCUCAACCAGUCCUAAAAUGGUUUAAAGAUGGGAAAGAACUUAAACCAGGAGAUAUACACAGAAUCAUUAGCGGUCAGGAUGGUUCUUGUUGCCUUGGCACGUACACAUGCAUGGCACAAAACUGUAUGGGGACCGUAUCAAGUUCAGCUUCACUUCUAGGCUUCCAAGACAAGGGUAUUGUUGGAAGUGGAGUGACUCCUAAAGUACCUGAAAAAACUAACACCUGUGUAAGAGACACAUCAUUGUCAACCAUUCAAGAAGAAAGGACAUCACAACUGCAUGAUACAGAUAAAUCACUCACACUUGAUGAUAGACCUGAAGAAGUUUCAUUUUCAUUUGAUGGAAGAGAAGUAUCAGUUUCAUUGUAUGAAACACCAGACUUGACCGAGGAAGAAGCCCUUCAGAUAGUAGAGAUGUAUGCAGAUCAGAUUUCAGAACAUGUUUCAGAACAUAAUGUUGUCGAAUUGCCUCCUAUGAGGUUUACUAAAGAAAGUUCCACAUCUGGAAAAUUGCUUAUGGAAGCUAUGGUGAUAGAUGUUAGCCCAGAUUAUUUUACUCCAGGAGAAGUUGAUGACUUAAGAACCGAUGCUGACUUAGAAGAAUUCAGUCUUGUUGAAGAAGCUAUGGUGACUCCUGAAGAAGAGAAAGCAGAUAUUGAAUUUCCUUCUUCCCCUACAAGGCAAGAGGAAAUGCUUCAAUUUCCAGGAAGAAAGAUAUCUCAACCAACACCUAAGGAAGAAAAGAACAAACGGAAGAAAAGAAAGUCUACUGAUUCUGAUAAAGAAGAUGAUUCGCUUCAGGAAUUUGAAAGAAGGAAAACAGAAAAAAGACCAUUUAAGGAAAGAAAAAGAACUGAAUCUGAAAUGGAAGAUGAUUCCUUAUAUGAAUUUGAAAGUCGUAAGGUUAUAGGCCAGAAUGAACCUAAAUUAGUUGAAAAUAAAAAUGAUCGUGCUGAAAAUGUUUCAGAAUCAUACAUUGAAGUAUUUGAGUCUGGAGAAAGGCCUUCAUUGUUCAAAACAGCAGAACUUAUUUCUCCAGGACAUUCCAGGCGUUCCCUAACUGAAGAUGAUAAGACUUACAAUACCGCUGAAGAAUCUGCUUUUGAUAAGAGUGAAAUGUCAGUUUUAGAAACUUUAGCUCAAUCAUUACAAGAAAUUCAAAGAGGUCUAGCAUUUGUAGAAGCCAAAGUUAUUUCAGAAUCACAAGAAUUAUUAUCACCUGAAGCUUCUAUUUUAGAGUCAUUAGCUCAACCGAUUGCAGAAGUUCAACGAAGUUUGGAAGUAAUGGAAGAGAAGUUAGAUGAAGCUCUUAUAGGGUCACAAGUUUUAGAGACUCUUGUCCAGCCGAUUAGUGAGUUUAAGAAAAGCUUAAAGAUGAUGGAAGAAGAGGAGGCCUUAAAAAGAAAAGCUUCGAGUAUUAUGGAAUCUCUUGCACGUCCAUUACAAGAGCUUGAAAGAGAAAUAGCUUUGAUUCAAGAACAAUGUUACUCCCAACGUCAAUUAUCUUCUGAAGAAAGGUACGCCAAAUCAGUGGAAGAAGUUCAAGAAACUUUGACAAGGAUAAUAGAAAGGCAAGAAUCUGUACCUCAUGACAGAAAAUUGAUGAAAACUAUAUCUGUAGAAUUACAAGAGUUAGAAGAAACUGCCAAUGAUGACUUAGAAAAAUAUUAUGAUAGGCUUCUUGCUUGCAGUUCAGAACUGAGAAAAAAACUAAACGAUGAACAUGACCAGGAAAUAGUUGAUAUAUUACGAUCAAUGGGUGAUUUAGUUAAACCCCUCAAACGUCUUUCUGCUGUAACAUCUAAAUGUAUUUCAGUAAUUGUCAAAGAUUAUGAACUAGGAGGAAUGCCUUCUGCUAAAUUAGUGGAAUCCUUAGUAAAACCAUUAGAAGCUCUGAAAUCAUCUUUGGAUUUACUGGAAAGUGUUAGCAACUUGAAAAGCCACAGAGCAAUAAGAGGAGUUGGCAUUCCUUUGUUGUACAAAAUGUCAGUUCCAAUGGAAGAACUUCAAACAACUAUUAAACUUGUCGAAAAUCUUUCUGCCCAUACAGCAGUUGAAUUCCUUGUUGCUCCUCUAGAAAAUUUAAUAAAAGUUGUUUCGACAAUUGAUAUUUCAACAGGAGGAGAAGGAUUCCUAGAAAAUUUAGGAAAAGAAGGACCUGACCUUCUCAAAGGUAUCAAUAAUUCAUUAAAUACCAUCAAGAAUACUAUGAGCUCUAUUAAAGCCAAUUCAGAAAAUGUUGAAAGUGAAAGAGAGUUAAUUGAAAAAUUGCCAAAUAUUGUGAAACCUAUGGAAGAUCUUCAAAGAAGUUUAAAACCAAUUCAAGAAAAUAUUGGCGAAGAUUUAAGUUAUGAUGAAGUAUGUGAAGUGGCUCAGAACCUCAGCAAACCACUCCAAUCACUACGAUCAGAAUUAUCCAUCUUACAACAUGAAAUUGAAAUUGAACAUUAUGGAGACAUAACAGGCGAAAAGAAAAGUGUAUUAUCUGAACUAAUUGAACCACUGGAAGCAGUUCAAACCAGUAUAAAAUGUUUCCAUGAAUCAAUUUUAUGCAAAGAAGAUCCCAUACAUUUACGUUUUGUUUUAUAUGCACUUAAAGAAAUGGCUGAACCGUUUAAUAUUUUAUGUUCCAAAGUCACUAAAACUGAAGAAGCAAUUUUACAAGGAAAAGUAUUAGAUCCUUAUCAAGGAUUAAAAAAUGUUACAAAAGCUGUAAGGGAGCUUAAAGAAACUUCUUCAUUGACAAAAAAAGACCUUCCUGUAGUUCAUGGAAUAUCAUCUACACUAUCUAAGCCUUUGGAUUUAGUAGAAAAUGGUCUAAGUGCUAUAUUAGAUGAAGUAUAUUACAAUGACAAAGGAGACUUAAACAUUAACAUGUUGAAAACUUUAGCUGAACCCUUUAUGGUAUUACAAAGUGCAUUGCUAGAUAUAGAUAGUGAAUCGCUAAGAAGUGAAAAUGAAUUCCCUGAACUGAAGCAAGCUAUAAAAGACUUGCAACGCUCUGUUUUAGUUAUUCAGGAUCAUGUAAGCUUUGAGUAUGGUGACGAGCCUUCAACGACAGAAUCUAAUAUAGUAAUGUUAGAAUCACUGGUUCAACCUUUGCAGCUGUUAAGAUCUCAGAUCAGUGAUAUUCAGCGAGCAUCUUUAAGAACUCUGAUAAAAACAGAUAGAGUCCUUACUGACAUAAGAGACUCUUCUAAAGAUAUUAUUGCAGCAAUAAAUGUUCAUAGUGAAGAAAAUGAUCCUCUUUCAGAAUUACUAAAAAAAUUAGGAAAAACUGUAGAAGAAUUGGGAAUAGCUGCAGACAUACAAAAUAUUCAAAUAGGUCAAGGGCAAAUGUUGGAUGAAGCCAGGGGUAAUAUGGCCAAUAUAUUAACGGCAGUUGCCACUUCUUUUGGAGAAACAUGUACAGAGGCGGAUGAAUUAAGUACUCAGCUGAAUACGGAACAAAGGAAAACAUUAAUUUCAAUACAAGAUAUGAUUCUUGACUUGAAAAGUUCUGUGGAAACUGCUGUAGAAAUAAUGGAUGAGAAUAAAAUUGGAAUUGAACAACAUAUGGCAACUGCUUCAGCAUUAGAACAAGUAAAGUGUGCCAUGUAUGAUUUCAAUCAUUCAUUUUCCAGUAUGAAUGAAGUUCAACCUAAGCCACCUAAAAAAUCUAUAAGUAUGGAUGAAUUAAAAGAUUUUGUAGUCCAAUUAGAGAGUGAUGUAAAUUUGGUAAUAGACAAGAUUUCAUCUACUGUAGAUCGAAAUGUAGCACAACCUGUUCUCGACAACAUAUUGGAUGAUGUGAAAAGUGUUAAGUAUGCUGUGCUAAAAAUGAUUGAGGAAAGAAAUUUAGAUGAGAAUAGAAUACAAUAUGUAUUAGAAAAAGUCAAGUUUAUUGAAAAUGAUUUAAAUGAAUUAUCACAAAACACAUUAGAACAUGAGUAUAUUCCUUUGAAUGAGGCUUGCAAAACUGCUCAGGCUAUUGUUUCAAUGCAAGAUCAACUAAUCCCAAAUUCAAGAGAUGAGUAUGAUUAUCAUGAAGUAAUUGAUACAUUAGUAGAAAAUGUUAAAUGCCUUGAAUCAGUAGUGGGAAAAUUGGAACAUGAUUCCAAUGAAGCUCAAAACGAUGAUAAUCUUGUGGCAAUUAGUGAGAAUCUGAUGAUACUUCAAGAAUGUAUUACUCCUUUAACUUCAGGUGAAAAACAAAUGGAAAUGUUACAUGAACAAUUAAGACAAAUGAAAUUACCUAUAAAAGUUAUUGAACAGUCAUUACACAAUAUUAAAAUAGAUAAAGAAGAUAUGAAUGAGGCUUUACAGGCACUAAUUAAAGUAUCUGAAAUAUGUAUUAAAAAAGAUUCAUCCACAAAAUCAGAAUAUUUUGAUUCUAAAAGCCUUGAAUCAAUUCAUGUUACAUUAUUGAAUACUAUCACUGAAACUAUUGAAUCUAUGAGAAGUACGUUUAAAGAUAUUAAGGACAAGAAACCUGUGAAACUAGCCUGGUUUAUUGAUUCUUUUGAAGAAACGUUAGUUACAUUUGGAAAAGAAUUCAGUGAUAAUAUAAGUAACUUUGAUGAACCACAGGUAAGGCAAAAAUUAAUUGAAUGCAUCCAAAAAUUAAAAACUGAAAUUUCAGAUUUGAGAGUCCCGGAAUCUGGUCCACUAAAUGAAUUGAAGAAAGCUGUUAUGUCACUUGAUGCUGCUAUGAUAGAACCCCCACAGCAAAUUUUAUCUGCCUUACAAAACCUCGUAAAACCAUUAAAAGCUGUACAUGAAAACAUCUUGGAUGUAAACUCUAUUAGAAAGGAAGAAUUUAAAUGUGUGGAGGAUUACUCAAAAGUAAGCGGCGAUUUGGAAAUAGGAUUGAUAAAAUUAGAGAAAGCUCUAGUUACUUCUGAAGAACUAGAUUUCAAAGUCAUGUCAAAACCUUUAGAAAUUCUAUAUAGUUAUGCACAGUCUAUAAAUAACAAUCCACUUUUUGAAUUUACUGAUGAAGAUUCAAGUAUUGUUCAGUUAGCUACUUUAUCUGAACAUAUUGCAGAGAUAAAAACAUGUUUAGAUGAAAUAGAAACAACCGUAACAAUCCAUCCUGGAGACAAAAAGAAAAUUGAGGCUUUACUUAUAAAAAUAGCAAAGCCAGUGAGAGAAUUAAAACAUAAUGUAGCUCUAAUACAAGAGCAGGCUUUACUAACAAAUGUAGAGUUGAAAUCAUCAGAACUCGAGGAUUUAAAAGUAGCUGUGGCUGUUGUUUGCUCUCAUAUUGAAGAAGAUAAGUAUCUUAGAGCAAUUCUUAAUCCAGUUUAUGUUCUAAAAGAAAAAUUAGAAAAAGCAAGUCCAGAGAGUUUUAAUCCUUCUGAUGUAGUUAACCCUGUGAAAGAAUUGAAGAUAGCUCUUGAAGAAAUAGAAAAAGAAUCUAUUGCCAAGACAGAAUUUAGCUAUGAAAUGAGAACUGCUGAGCCACUUUUGGAUCUUUGCCAUAAUGUUAUUCAAAUAAUUGAAAAUCGGGUAAUGGAAAGUUUGGGGCCGGAAUUAACACAUCUGGUAGAACAUCCUAAAGUUAAAAAUAUACCAGAUCAGCUUGUUAGGGCAGUGCCGAUUACUGUUGAAACUGAACUUUGUGAGGAAGAAAAAGAUGGCAAGGACAAGAAUAAUGAAUUAUUACAGCCCAUUGAAAAGAAACAAAAACAGAUAAUUCAUGAUGAAGUGUCAGUUUUAAAGCAUGCAAUGACUUGUGAGUCUGUCUCAGAAGUUGAGGCGAAAAAUGAAGAUAAACUUAUCAAAAACAUUGAGGACAAAAACAAGGUGUCAGGAACGAUAGAGAAAAAUUUUGAAUUAGAACUUAAGGAAAAUAAAUCAGCUCAAGAUACAAUUGAGGAAUCAGGUCCUUUGAAGGAUGAUAUGGCAAUCAGGAAAGACGAAGGCAAAACAGUUAAAAUCUUAACAAAAGACAAGGUUGAUGAUACUGAUUUAAACAAUGAGAAAAAAGAAAAUGUUGAAUUAAAAGCAGAUAAUGAAGAAAGAAUUAUUGCUAAAGAAUUUGAAAUUAAGGGUGAAACAUGUAAGGACGUUAAAGAAUUGAAAAAACCGAGCACUUCUAUUGAGGUUAGCAAAUCAAAAGGAAAUAAAGAGAAGAAACCUAAUGAUCCCAAUCAGGCCCAAGAGAAAGAGGAGGAAACUAUUUCAUCAAAUAAACAAACAGCAGAGUGCAAAGAUAUUUGUGAUGACACUUCAUUAAUAGAAAGUAUUGUGAAACAAGAUAGAACAUUAAUGAAAGAACAAAAUGAAAAUUCACAAACAAAAGCACUGAACAGUAAGACAGUGAAAGAAGAAACAGAGGUUAAAAGAGGAGCUAAUAUUUAUAAAGAAGAUGGAACACAAGAUAAAACUAUUAAAACCGAAGUUUUAGAGGGCAAACAAUUUUUAAAUACCGAAUAUAGUGAAAAACCUGAUGAAAUCAAAAAGUCACAAGAUGCAGAAGAAACCAUUAAAAAACAAAACAAACAAGAUAGUGAUUUGGAAAUUGAAAUGCAGUUAAAAAUUGAUGAAAUUGAAUGCAUUGAUCCAAUAUUAAAAGAAAAUAAUAAAAUAGAAGAGACUGGAAUUGACGAUAAUAAAACUAAAGAUGUUAAUAAGGAUGUGCUGCCGAAAGUAUCAAAAAUGGAGAAAAAGGAAGAUCUACAUUUAAUGGUUAGCGAACAAAUUGAGUCAAAAAACAAACAGACAUGUUCCAUCGGUGAAAAACUGUUCAAAUUAAGAGAAUAUAUAAAACAACUUGAAAGUGAAAUAAUUUCUUCGAUCAGUUUUAUUUCUAAAACCAAUGCAAACUUUUCAGUUAAACCAAUUCUGGAAUCUGUUUUAGUUGAUAUAAAAAGCAUGGAUAGAGUUGUUGAAAAACUGUUGCAAGAUCAAAAAGUGGAUUACACAAGAUUGAAAUUUAUUGUAGAUAAAGCAAGGUUCAUAGGAGAGGAUUUAAAAUUUGUUGUAAAUAGUAAUUUAUUAAAAGAAGAAUGCCGUACCCUCAAUGAUGCUGCUAAGACUAUACAAGAUAUAAUGUUAUUACAGUUGAUUGGAGAAGAUUCAAAAGAGAAGGAAGCUAUUAAGUUUGAUGACAAACCUACUGAAGAAGUGGAAAUAAAAAGAAAAAUUACUAAAUCAGAUAUUGAAAAAACUGAAGAAAACCUUAAAAGCAGAUCAAAAAAAGACAUGCAGGAGAAAACUAAAUCAGAAAGUGACACAACUUUUGUAAAAGAAACAAUGGAUAACACGCUAAAAGAUUCAAACAUGGAAGCAGAUAAGUCUAACCAAAAUAUUCUAAAGGAUAAACUAGAAACUAAAAAUGUUAAUUUGAAGGAUGAUCAACAAAAUCUUAAAGUGGCUGAUAGCAUAAACAAAGAAGGGGAAUUAUUAUUCAUGGAUGAAUUUAAGGAACAAAAAAAUGUUGAAAGUGUGGAAGUUAGAGAGGAAAAAACAGGAUCAGUACAAUAUUCUUAUAAAACUGAUAUGCAAAAAAGUAAUGAAGAAAAACUAAGUGAUGUGAAAGAGGAUUAUGAAAUGGGAAAACAAGGAACGGAUAUACCAAAGAAAAGUAAAGAAGAAAGUCUUGAGGAAGGAAAACAAUUUAUUGAAAAAGAAGAGAAAUUUAAUAAGGCAGCUGAAACUAAAAAUGAAAAAUCUGAGAAAGAUAGGAAAGAUGAACAUGAAGCAAAUAUGGCAACAAUUAAAAAACAACUGGGAAAAGAUAAGGAUCAGGUAAAGAAAAAAGAAGACAUGACUACAAUGGAAUAUGAAACUUUGGAAGCAAAGAAGAAAAUACCUGAUGCAAAGAAGGGGUUGGAAACUGAGAAAUCAGAUGAGGAAGAAGCUAAGAAAAAAGUAGAAACUGAAAAUUUAGAAGAGGAUAAAGCUGAAAUGGAGACAAGAGAUGAUAUAAUUUGUGAGGAAGAAGGAGUUAAUAAAAAGAAAAGUAAAUCAAAGGAAAAUAUAGUAGAUGCUGAGAAAGAUAAAAAUGAGGUGGAAGAAGAGUUUAAAAAAGUAGCUGAAAUUAAGGAAAUGAAAGAGGAUGAGGAGAAAAUUAUUCAGUAUGGAAAAAAAUCUAUACUUGAUGAAGUUAAAAGUGAAGAUGUAAAAACCCGAAAAGAAGCUCAAGAUGUCCGGAAGAAGAUGGAAGAUGACAAUAAGGUGGAAUUGAAGGCUACAACUACAACAAAAGAAUCCAAAGAAAAUGAUAAGAAGGAGGUCAAAGAGAAGCUUAUUCAGGAAACAGAAGUUAAAAAGGAGGAGGAAAUAAAAAAGAAAAAAUAUGAAAAAGAAAAAUCUUCUGGAGAAGCUAAAACGGAGUUAAAGACAGAGGAUAAAAUCAAUGCAAAAAAUGAUGUUGAAGUUAAACAGAUAAAGGAUGAAGAAGAAAGAGGUAAAAUAGAAACUGAAGCUAAAAAUGAGGAAGACAAUAUAGCUAAGAAAUGUGCCAACAAUAAAAAGGAUUAUGAGGGAGAAGAAAAGGUUAAAAUAGAAGUUGAAAUUAAAAAUGAAAAAGAGGAGACAGAAAAGGCCAAGGAAGAAGCUGAACUAAUAAUGGAAAAAGAGGAGGAUAAAAGAGUUAAAUUAGAAACUGAAAUGAAAAGAGAGAAAGAAGAAAAAUUUAAAACAGUAGAGGAGGCUAAACAGAAAAAAGACAUUAAAGAAAAAGUUAAAGUAGAAGAGGAAUCAAAAAAGAAAACAGGGGAAGUAGAAAAAGUUAAAGUAGAAGAGGAAGCUGAGCAGAAAAAAGAAGAAGAAGAAGAAAAAGUUAAAAUAGAAGAUAAAGCCACCAAGAAAAAAGAGGUUAAAAUAGAAGUUGAAGAUAAGAAGAAAAUAGAAGAAGAGGAAAUAAAAUUGAAAGCUACACGUAAAAACAAAAAAGGAGAAGAAGAAAAAGCUAAAUUAGAAGCUGAAUGCAAUAAGAAUAAGGAGGAAGAAAUUAAAUUGAAAAAUGAGGAAGAUGAAAGAAUUAGAAAUAAAUCUGUAGACAAUAUGAAAAAGGAUGAAGAAGAAAUGGAUAAAAAGAAAGCAGAUGAUAACAUGAAAAAAGAGAAAUCUGGAAUAAAAAUAGAGGAAGAACAAAAGUUCAGAAAAGAAGGUGAAUGUUUGAAGAAAACAGAGGAAGAACAACAAGCUCAAACAGAAGAUGAAAUUGUGAAGAAGAAAGAGGAUGAAGAAAGAGGCAAAAAGGAAGCAAAAGCGAAAAUGACAAAAGAGGAUGAAGAAAAAGCCAAAAUGGUUGCUGAAGAAUCUAAGAAGAAAAAAGAAGGAGAAGAAACCAAAAUGGAAACUAAAACUAAAAACGAAACAGAGGAAGAAGAAAAGGCCAGAAAGGAAUUAGAAUCUAAGAAGAAAAGGGAGGAAGAAGAAAAAACUAAAAAAGAAUUAGAAGCUGAGAAAAAAAAACAAGAAGAAGAUAAGCUAAAACAGAAAGAGGAAGAAGAAAAGGCUAGAAAACAUGCUGAAGCUAAGCAGAAAAAGGAGGAAGUAGAAAAAUCUAAAAAGGAAUUAGAAUCUAGUAAGAAAAAAGAGGAAGAAGAAAAAGUUAAACAAGAAUUAGAAGCUAAGCAGAAAAAAGAAGAAGAGAAGCUAAAACAGAAUGAGGAAGCUAAGAAGAAGAAAGAGGAAGAAGAAAAAGCCAAAAAGGAAUUGGAAGUUAAGAAGAAAAAAGAACAAGAAGAAAAAGCCAAACAGGAAACAGAAGCUAAAAAGAAAAAAGAGGAAGAACCAAAAGCUAAAAAAGAUUUAGAAGCUAAGCUGAAAAAGGAAGAAGAAAAAGCAAAAAAAGAGUUAGAAGAUAAAAAUAAAAAGGAGGAUGAAGAAAAAAUCAAUAAGGAAUUAGAAGCUAAAAAGAAAAAAGAUGAAGAAGAAAAAGCUCAAAAGGAAUUAGAAACUAAAAAGAAGAAAGAGGAAGAAGAAAAGGCCAGAAAAGAAUCAGAAGCUAAAAAGAUAAAAGAGGAAGAAGAAAAAGCCAAAAAGGAGCUAGAAGAUGAAAACAAAAAGAAGGAAGAAGAAAAAGUCAAAAAGGAAUUAGAAGUUAAAAAGAAAAAAGAGGAAGACGAAAUUGCCCAAAUGGAAUUAGAAACUAAAAAGAAAACAGAGGAAGAAGAAAAAAGUAAAAAUGAAUUAGAAGCUAAAAAGAUAACAGAGGAAGAAGAAAAAAGUAAAAAAGAAUUAGAAGCUAAGCAGAAAAAAGAAGAAGAAGAUAAGUUAAAACAGAAAGAGGAAGAAGAAAAGGCUAGACAACAUGUUGAAGCUAAGCAGAAAAAAGAGGAAGAAGAAAAAGCUAAAAAGGAAUUAGAAUCUAAUAAGAAAAAAGAGGAAGAAGAAAAAGCUAAAAAAGAAUUAGAAGCUAAAAAGAAAAAAGAAGAAGAAGAAAAAGCCAGAAAGGAAUUAGAAGUUAUGCAGAAAAAAGAGGAAGAAGAAGAAGCCAAAAAGGAAUUAGAAUCAAAGAAGAAAAAAGAGGAAGAAGAAAAAUCCCGAAAGGAAUUAGAAGCUAAAAAGAAAAAAGAGGAAGAAGAAAAAGCACAAAAGGAAUUAGAAGCCAAAAAGAAAAAAGAGGAAGAAGAAAAAGCACAAAAGGAAUUAGAAGCUAAAAAGAAAAAAGAGGAAGAGGAAAAAGCACAAAAGGAAUUAGAAGCUAAGAAGAGAAAAGAGGAAGAGGAAAAAGCCCAAAAGGAAUUAGAAGCUAAAAAGAAAAAAGAGGAAGAAGAAAAAGCCAAAAAGGAAUUAGAAGCUAAAAAGAAAAAAGAGGAAGAAGAAAAAGCCAGAAAGGAAUUAGAAGCCAAAAAGAAAAAAGAGGAAGAAGAAAAAGCACAAAAGGAAUUAGAAGCCAAAAAGAAAAAAGAGGAAGAAGAAAAAGCACAAAAGGAAUUAGAAGCUAAAAAGAAAAAAGAGGAAGAAGAAAAAGCCCAAAAGGAAUUAGAAGCUAAAAAGAAAAAAGAGGAAGAGGAAAAAGCCCAAAAGGAAUUAGAAGCUAAAAAGAAAAAAGAGGAAGAAGAAAAAGCCAAAAAGGAAUUAGAAGCUAAAAAGAAAAAAGAGGAAGAGGAAAAAGCCAGAAAGGAAUUAGAAGCCAAAAAGAAAAAAGAGGAAGAAGAAAAGGCACAAAAGGAAUUAGAAGCCAAAAAGAAAAAAGAGGAAGAAGAAAAAGCACAAAAGGAAUUAGAAGCUAAAAAGAAAAAAGAGGAAGAAGAAAAAGCCCAAAAGGAAUUAGAAGCUAAAAAGAAAAAAGAGGAAGAAGAAAAAGCCCAAAAGGAAUUAGAAGCAAAAAAGAAAAAAGAGGAAGAGGAAAAAGCACAAAAGGAAUUAGAAGCUAAAAAGAAAAAAGAGGAAGAGGAAAAAGCACAAAAGGAAUUAGAAGCUAAAAAGAAAAAAGAGGAAGAAGAAAAAGCCCAAAAGGAAUUAGAAGCUAAAAAGAAAAAAGAGGAAGAAGAAAAAGCCCAAAAGGAAUUAGAAGCUAAAAAGAAAAAAGAGGAAGAGGAAAAAGCACAAAAGGAAUUAGAAGCUAAGAAGAGAAAAGAGGAAGAUGAAAGAGCCAGAAAGGAAUUAGAAGCUAAGCAGAAACAAGAAGAAGAGAAUCUAAAACAGAUAGAGGAUGCUAAGAAGAAGAAAGAGGAAGAAGAAAAAGCUAGGAAAGAAGCUGAAGCCAAGCAGAAACAAGAAGAAGAGAAUCUAAAACAGAUAGAGGAUGCUAAAAAGAAGAAAGAGGAAGAAGAAAAAUCUAGGGAAGAAGCUGAAGCUAAGCAGAAAAAAGAGGAAGAAGAAAAAGCGCAAACGGAGUUAGAAGCUAAAAAGAAAAAAGAGGAGGAACAGAAUUUAAAACAGAAAGAGAAAGCUAAGAAGAAGAAAGAGGAAGAAGAAAAGACUAGGAAAGAUGCUGAAGCUAAGCAGAAAAAAGAGGAUGAAGAAAAAGCCCUAAAGGAAUUAAAGGCUAAAAAGAAGAAAGAGGAAGAAGAAAAAGCUCAAAAGGAAUUAGAAGCUAACAAGAAAAAAGCGGAAGAUGUAAAGGCCAGAAAUGAAGCCGAAGUUAAGCAGAAAAAAGAAGAAGAUGAGAAGUUAAAACGAGAAGAAGAAGCUAAGAAGAAGAAAGAGGAAGAAGAAAAGGCUAAAAAAGAAGCUGAAGGUAAAUUAAAAAAAGAGGAAGAAGAAAAAACCCAAAAAGAAUUAGAUGCUAAAAAGAAAAAAGAGAAAGAAGAAAAAACCCAAAAGGAAUUAGAAGCUAAAAAGAAAAAAAAGGAAGAAGAAAGGCCUAGAAAAAAUUCUGAAGCUAAAAAGAAAAAAGAGGAAGAGGAAAUGGCUGGAAAAGAAGGUGAAUUUAAACAGAAUAAAGAUGAAGAGGAAAAAGCGAAAAUAAUUGCUGAAACUAAAAUGAUGUUUAAUGAAAAAGAUGAAAUAAGCCAGGUUGUUCAAGUUAAGAAGAUAAAAGAAGAAAUAAAACCUAUUCUGGAGAUGGAGGCGAAGAAGAGAUGUGAGAAUGAUGAUAAAAUCAAUAACUUAACAGGAAGCCUGAAGGAAUCUGAUUUGAAUAGCAAGAUAGUGAAAACUGAAAAUGAAUUGGAAGUGGAAUUAUUUACAAAUGAAAAAUCUGAAAGUUUGAAGUUGGAUGAAGUUCAGAUUAGUAUGAAAGAAAUCAAAGAUAAGGAAAAAGUAAAAAAUGCAGCUGAAAAAAGAUUCAGUUCAGAAGCGAAUGUCAGACCGGAAAAUCAGAUUGAAGUAGUGGAACUUGAUCCAGAAGACGAAUUUUUUUGGGUUGGCAAAGGUUCAUCAGGAAGUGCAAGUACUUAUAGGUAUCCUGGAAGUGAUUCUGGUUAUUCUGAAAAUAUAAAAUCUUAUCUUCAAAGUUCUCCUUCUAGUCGGAAAUAUUUGAUUGAUGGCAAUUUGAAUAUUGAAACCAAUUAUAUAUCACCUAAACAUAUCUCCAGGAGUUCCUCUUAUGAAGCUACUACAACUAAUUCGUAUUUAAGUCAAUCUAAACUUAAACAAUACCUUACUCAAUCGGGCUCAGACAUCAGAGAGGAUUUAUCUCCUAGAAGUUAUGCUAUACAAGAUGAUUAUUCGAAAAAAGAUUUUUCAGUUAUUCAUUCAUCUAGACCUACAGAAUUUCUCAUGAAGGACUACAGCCAUAACACUGGUUCUCCAGCUUUAGAUUCUUUAAGAAGAAGGAUAGAAAAAUCUUGGAACAAUUUGAACCGACAUAUGUCUCAUGAAUACUUAUCAAGUGGUGUUAAACCUGAUACUCUGUCAAAAGAAUUUGGUGGUAGUGCUGAUCAACUUUCAUCAAAAGAUAUUUAUAAAGAUUUUCUCUAUGUACCAUAUAAAGAAGACUUUUCAGCUCUUGCUCAAUCUCGCCGUUACACUAGACGACGAUCCGCAUCCCCAUUACCAGUGAUCAGUGAUAGCACAGCAAUGGUCAGGCAACGCUCAGUGUCACGCUCUCGUUAUGAAUAUCAUGAAAGACAACCAUACAUCUGCAGUCCUUUAAGAGACAAAAGAGUAGAGCAUGGAGCAAAUGUCAAAUUGACCUGUAACAUUGGAGGAGAUCCUGAACCUAUAGUUGAAUGGCGCAAAGAUGGACAGCCAAUAGAAUCUAUCAUUGACAGAUUUGUUGUGGAGUACAGUUUUGGAGUAGCAAGCUUAGAGAUAAAGUCUGUAAUUGCAUCUGAUGCUGGACAGUACACUUGUGUUGCUAUAAAUCCAGCUGGUCAAGCCGCAACAACUGCUACUCUAAGAGUUAAUACAGAACAUUGGCAAGGGAUGGAAGAAUAUGGACUUUCUCAGGAAAUAAAUCUUCCAUUGAGGGUGCCCGAAGUUAGUCCCAGGGUUACUGGUCUCAUUGCAGAUUCUCUAGUUCCAUCAGGUGGUGUAAUUGCACUACAUCUUCAGAUCCAAGGAUGCCCUAGAGCAGAAGUGACAUGGUUACGAGAAGGUGUGCCACUCAAAUUCUCACCACGAACCCAUACUCUUGUAGAUCCUUCGAUGGGUCUCCAUACAUUUUUAGUUGAAGGUGUUACAGUGUCUGAAAGUGGUCUUUAUCAUUGUAGAGUACUUUCAGGUUCCUCUCGUCUUCUUGAACCUGCUCCUGCCCACAUUCAGGUAGUUGAGAGAAGACCAGGAGAUAAACCGGCAUUGAUAACUGCUCGGCCAGAAACCAGGAUAACACUGACCUCUGGGGAGGAUCUUACAUUAACAUGCUAUGUCUCUGGAGAACCAAAACCAAGAGUGAUGUUAAUGAAAGGUAUAAAGGAUAUAACAGAUGGUGAAAGAACAUUGAAGGAAUCGUUUGGAGAAUAUAUAAGGCUUACUUUGAAGAGAGCUUUACCCGAAGACAGUGGAACCUACUUUAUAGUUGCAAGAAACCCUUAUGGAACUGACAGAGCUUUUUCUACUGUAAAGGUUGUCAACCAAGUAGAACAACCAACAGUUAAUACAACUGAUGACUCAUCUGAAACCACUCCUCAAAGUAUACCUAAUUAA